AUGCUCUCUCCAGUCAAUUGCCAGACAAAGUGUAGCGCCUGGACGGCCACAGGGUCCCUGGACAUUAUAAGAGACGGUCACAUAGCCACCCCGCUCAUUACCGGCAAGGUGCUGGUGGCGGGGGGUUACGUUGGUGGCAGCUCUUUGCCCUUCUCCGAGCUCUACGACCCAACGGCGGGCACCUGGACGGCCACAGGGUCCCUGAACGUUGCAAGAUACGGGUCCAAAGCCACCUUGCUCUCCACUGGAGAGGUGCUGGUGGUGGGGGGUUACAGUUUCAGUGACUCCAACAUCUUGAGCUCCUCCGAGCUGUACGACCCAACGGCGGGGGCCUGGACGGUCACAGGGUCUCUGAACAGUCCAAGAUGGCUUCACACAACCACCUUGCUCUCCAAUGGCGAGGUGCUGGUGGCGGGGGGUUCUGGCCCCUCUGGCUCCCCGACUUAUUCCGAGCUGUACGACCCAAUGACGGGCACCUUCACGGCCACAGGGUCCCUGGACGUUCCAAGAACCAAUCCCACCGCCACCUUGCUCAACAGUGGCAAGGUGCUGCUGGCGGGGGGUAACGGCGUCACCUAUGCCGACCUCGUCUUGAGCUCUUCCGAGCUGUACGACCCAAUGACGGGCACUUGGACGGCCACAGGGUCCCUGAGCUUUGCAAGGUCUGGUCACACAGCCACCUUGCUCAGUACGGGCGAGGUGCUGGUGGUGGCGGGGUUUAACUACUUCCUUGGCUACUGGAGUUCCUCCGAGCUGUAUGACCCAAUGACGGGCACCUGGACGGCCACAGGGUCCCUGAGCUUUGCAAGAUCUGGUCACACAGCCACCUUGCUCAGUACGGGCGAGGUACUGGUGGCAGGGGGAAAAAACUACGUUGACGGCUUCUUGACCUCCUCCGAGCUGUACGACCCAACAACGGGCGCCUGGACGGUCAUAGAGUCCCUGAAUGUUGCAAGACUGAGUCACACAGCCACCUUGCUCGGUACCGGCAAGCUGCUGGUGGCGGGGGGGUUCAGUCCCACGUUUGGCCUCUUGACCUCCUCCGAGCUCUACGGUCCAUGUAACUCGGCUGAUGGAGGCUUUGACCCUCACUUUGAACUGACGGGUCUGGAUGGCAACGAGAAGUUCACGUUCGACUUCCAUGGAGAGCCAAAUAAAACUUUUUGCUUGGUAUCUGACGCGACCAUUCAGGUGACUGGCCCAGGCAUUCCACAGAUUGCAACAUCCACAAAGAGUUUCUAGGAGAAACCAUCAACCUUUGGGCGAGGAUCAAAUCGGGUGCACCUAGAAGCAAGUUUUAUCAAUCAGAGAUUAACGUACAAAUGUUUGGUCUCACUGAGCUCACGAAAGUGCUGAAAGAAAGGCUUGAGGAGGUAGAGCCUUUCUUUACCGGCACGUGGAUGGACGGGCUGGGCUUCCUUUAUCUUGACAAAGCUGGACAGCAGCAAGACCUGAGCGUCAUCUUUGACGCGGCUCUGGACCGGGCAGGAACGCCACCUUUCAACAUCUCCUUCAACGGGGAGAAUAUUGGCUUCGAUGGCACCACUCCCUGAACCAGUUCUGACGGCUUCGUCAGGAUCAGCGCAGUCAAAGAUCGCGUCAAUGCUGUCACUGUAUCCAUCGGUGAUCGACUCGAGCUGGAGGUCGAAGGAGACUUUGAAAAGGAGCUGAUUGCCGACCCCCCAAUCCACUUCAUCAACUUCAAGAUCAACAAGAUGGCCACUAGCACAAAUGUACACGGGUUCUUGGGGCAGAUGUACGCCCCUGGCGCUAUCAAAGAACGACUCGCUAUGGGUACCCUUGAGGGCUUGCUUCAUCGCGAGUACGUGGAAGGGACGGACCAAGAGUACGAGACACCGGGCUUGACUGAUCCCAACUGUAGCUUCAGACGCUUUGGCAAGGAACCGAAGAACGUGGCUGACGGCCCACACGCUGUUGGCGGCAAUCCGGCGCCCCUCGACUUGGUCCGGUCCAGCCGUCGCAUGCUUUCGACCCGGGCCCACCUUGAGGAUUCGUCGGCAGCGUGCCGCAUGGCGGUGGCCUCUGCUGGGAAGGGCCUCUAUAUCAAUUGCCAGUAGGCGACAUGCAUUGAGUAAAUAGGCCCGUACCUGGCUUUGGUUG